UUAUUUUAGAUUGCCUCGACAAGCUUACCGUGCAGUGCAAUUUGAAAAUAUGUUAACCCUGCGAUUUUGUGCGCCAAAGAACAGCCAACCACGCGAAGGAGAAGAACAUAUCGCUGCAGUUCGUGUCAAGGCGUGUACGCCAUAUUAAAAAGAGCAACGAAUACUGCUCCGUUCAGGGGCCGCGGCAGGGAUAAAUUUGCAAAGGCUCCAGCGGCACAACGCCGCCAGACGACAGCCAAUGUGACCCAGUUAAGGCCAAAGGAUUUAGCCGCCCAAGGACCGCGAACCAAGGAACCGAAUCGCGGAACGCGACACGGGAUACGCGAACGCGAAGCUCGCAAUCCCAGAACCGACACGCAGCAAGGAUUAUCAAUUUGCUUGGCACUUUAAUGGAGUUGGCCAGGAUGCCGGGAAGCCUGAUCCUUCUGGCCCUGCUCAUCUGCUUGCCGGAAACAAGAGCCAGCCAGCCGGAAGGGACAUCAAUAUUAAACGGCAGCGAAACAAAUGGGCGACCCCUUCAAAGAACUCAAUCAAGGCGCGAGGCAUUAAUUCCGGCGACAACGCAAAUGGCCCGGACAUCGGACAAAGCAGCCGCAUUUAGGCCAACAAUGGCAGCUGCAGCUCUGGCUUUGGCUUUGGAUGCAGCCCAGAAUCGUUCCGAGCACAAUGUCGCCAUUAAUAACAUCAGCAACAAUGGCGAUCAGCGCCUGACCGCUGCCCUGGAGGCGAAUCUGAUUAUGAGCAGUCGGAAUGUCCAGGAGCAGCAGAGCUACAGAAUCACGCACGGCGACAAUGGCACACUGGCUGUACCGCCUGUGGCUGCAACCACUGCCACAGCCACCACUGAGCCAGCUCCGACAACAACGACCACAAGGCGCACCACUCGCCGACCUGUCCCAACCACCACGCUGAAGCCACCGCCGACAAUAGAUGAUUACCAAACAAUAAUUAGCCAGGCCGGCACCCACGCCUAUCUGCCAUGCAACGUGAAGCAGCUGGUGAAAAAGCCCAUCUCCUGGCUGCGAAUGCGGGACGGUCACAUCCUCACCGUGGACCAGACCACCUUUAUUGCGGAUCAGCGCUUCCAGUCGGUCUUCUCGCCAAAUCCUGAGCGAUGGUCGCUUCAGAUUAAGUACGUCCAGGUGAAGGACGAGGGAACCUACGAGUGCCAGGUGUCCACGGAGCCCAAAGCCAGUGCAAUUGUGCACUUAAGGAUUGUUGAACCGAAAACCGAAUUAAUUGGGGAGUCAACGCGACAUGUGAAGGCCGGAAGUCAAGUGAAAUUGCGUUGCAUAAUUAGCCAGGCUCUGGAGCCGCCGCUUUUCAUUAAUUGGUUUUACAAUCAGAAGCAAAUCUAUUUGCAUAAUCGUCGCGGUUGGCGUACGGAAAUUGAACGCAUUGAACUGCCAGCGGAAGUGCCAACAACCAGCACAACCACCACUAGCACCACCACCACCACCACAGCAACAACACCAGCAGCAACAGCUUCCACCACAUCCAGUAGUGGAUCAACAGCAGCCUCGACAUCCAAAUCGGCAUUGGAGUCACUUAAUGGCUUGGCUACCAUAACACGUUCAUACAUUUUAGAUGCCAUAUCACCGAAUGAUGUGGCAAGUGGCGCUGUUGCCGGGACGACAGCCCCCGAGCUUGCAGCAGAUGUGGAUGCAACGUCUCCGACUUCAGGCAAUCCACCGCCCAUCUUGGCAUCCACGGCAGCUGCAAAUCCAGCGGCAUCCGCCGAUGGUGCAACAACAAUGACAACAGCCUCGAUGGCGGCGACAGGUGACUCGGCAAUAACAACAAACACCUGGAUGACGAGCACCUCAGCAACAACCACAUUCACCGACUCCACGGAAACAACAACAACAACUGUGGCAGCAACAACGACAACCUUGCUACCAAGCAGCAGUUUCAUUAAGCAGAUAACAGCGGCUUCGCUCAUCAUUCCGGCCGUAGUCAAGCUGGAUUCCGGCAACUACACAUGCAGCCCCUCGAACAGUGCGCCACGCACCAUUGUGCUCCACGUGCUAAAUGGUGAAUACUCCGCCUCCGCCAUUAAGUCCGGCAGUGUCAGCUGGAGCACGCUAAUUGGAUGUCACGGCUAUUUGCACUGGCGGUAUGUUUCAACGCUUCUGACACUUUUGUGGAUUAUUAAAUGUGCCGUGGCCAGGGACAUCUGCCAGCCGAAAGGCAGCCGGUCCGCCACAGCAAGGAUAUCCCGGACACCAUCUGUAAAUGGAGCAGAGGCAAAAGUAUCAGAAGGAGCAGCCAUCGAGGCAAAAUCAAGGACCAGCUUCAUCAGAGUCAGCAGCUCAAUUAGUGCCACCAAAGUGGCUGAAGACAAGACUUGAGUUUCCCUCCGGCUAGAGCAAGGCCACAUGAAUUUUAUUCCAUAAAGGAGGCUAUGAAUAAGGAUUUUACGCGACAUAAACAUAUU